AUGGAGGACCUGUCUCCUCCUCCACCAGGCGGCAUGCUCCUCCCCUCUGUCCUGUCUCCUCCUCCACCAGGCGGCAUGCUCCUCCCCUCUGUCCUGUCUCCUCCUCCACCAGGCGGCAUGCUCCUCCCCUCUGUCCUGUCUCCUCCUCCACCAGGCGGCAUGCUCCUCCCCUCUGUCCUGUCUCCUCCUCCACCAGGUGGCAUGCUCCUCCCCUCUGUCCUGUCUCCUCCUCAGCCAGGCAGCAUGCUCCUCCCCUCUGUCCUGUCUCCUCCUCCACCAGGCGGCAUGCUCCUCCCCUCUGUCCUGUCUCCUCCUCCACCAGGCGGCAUGCUCCUCCCCUCUGUCCUGUCUCCUCCUCCACCAGGCGGCAUGCUCCUCCCCUCUGUCCUGUCUCCUCCUCCACCAGGCGGCAUGCUCCUCACAUCUGUCCUGUCUCCUCCUCCACCAGGCGGCAUGCUCCUCCCCUCUGUCCUGUCUCCUCCUCCACCAGGCGGCAUGCUCCUCCCCUCUGUCCUGUCUCCUCCUCCACCAGGCGGCAUGCUCCUCCCCUCUGUCCUGUCUCCUCCUCCACCAGGCGGCAUGCUCCUCCCCUCUGUCCUGUCUCCUCCUCCACCAGGCGGCAUGCUCCUCCCAUCUGUCCUGUGUGGUGUUUAUCUCUCCAGAUAG